CCAUGUCCGACAGGGCACAGGGCAGGGCAAGCCAGAUUAUUUUGCCCUGGUAAAUUAUGUACCAACCUUCAAGUUAUAGGUGUUUUCUUAAUCAAAAUUUUUAAUCUUUUGUACAGUUACGUGAGACAUCGUUAUUAGCUACCCACGUUUACAUUUCGUCUACUAUAUCUCUUAGCAACAAACUUUACGUUUCGGUAUUGGUUAUCUUUUGUUUCCUUUUGAAUAGAAUAGAGACCGUCAUCAAUACAGGGCGCUCUGAUGCCUUGGUGUCCUGGCCUCAGAUCAGAGCGAAAUAAUUUGCCCUGAUAACAUUUUUUUUUUAAAGUCAUUUGAAAUCGUUUACUAAAUCCAGACAUGAAUCUUUCAGAACAUUUGUCAUCUAUGUAAUUCUACCAACUAGUGCUGAGUUCAUGUUUAGAUCGAUUUCACUAGAGCUUAUGUAUAUGAUACUCAUUCUAAUUCAUCAUUGUUCAAUACGAUCUUUUUCGAUUUCGAAGAGAUUGAACAUCCCUUAUCAAAUCAUAAGGAAGUCAAACAAAUCAUAAAAAAAAUGAAUCUCGACCUGGUGCCAAAUAGUGAUGAAAGACUUUAAAUCAAUUAAAUGAUGAUACUUAGUCACACAGAAUCGCAGUUUUCAUUGACGGAUAUUUUGUUUUUGUAUGAAUAUGCUUCUAGUGUCAUGUACCCAUGCUAAAAAAGGCAAGAUAUUGUAUUCACAAGUAUUAUUUCUUCAUCAAGAAUAAAUUGAAAUGACACCAUUUUUACUCGAUUAGAAACUGAUUUUUAGUCGUCAAGGUUGAGUGUUUUUAUUGUCAAGCAUUUUCUUUUGAAUUCCUUCUAAUCGACCAAAAAUAUUUGUCAAUUUUUAUUAAUUAAAAUUUAUUAAUGAAUUUCACUCGAAAAAAAAAUUUGAAAAAAUCCUAGAAAUUAGAAUAAAACGAAAUAUAAGUUUAAAAUCAGAUUAUUAUUGAUUAAAAAUUGUACAAGUUCAAUCGAGUUUUGGCGGGAUUCAUAAUUGUUUUUAUACGUGAAUAAUAUUCUUUUGAAAUUAUAUAGAAAAGUAUGAGCACUGAAUAUAAACAAGAACAAAUUUUUUCAUAAGGUUAACAACCCAUACUAUAGUCGACCUCAGUUUAUAUGCCCUGAGGGCACUCUGCCCUGUCCCGUCCUGCCCUGAGGACAGGGCAGGGCGAAAAAAUUUUGUAUGAGUUAUUUUCCGGGCAGGACAGGGCAAAGCUAGGCAGGGCACAGGGCAGAGCAGGGCGAAAAAAAGUGCCCUGUAACGGUCUCUGUUGUAUACUAUUUUCAUGUUUACUAGGUCCGCGUAUUGCUUUACCAAGAAAAGCAGAUGUUUGUAUCAUUAUUGUUGUUUAUUUAAUUUAAUAUAAUAUUAUUAUUUAGGAAUUAGUUGCUGUUGUUGAAAAAUUAAAUGAAUUAGCUCAAAAGGAUUCUGAUUUGGAUGAAGAAACCGAUAUUUAG